AUGUCUGACCUUCUGCAAGGCUUUGGUUCUCAAGCAACAACGCUUGAGGAAUUAAAAAAAGAAUUGGAGAUGAAGAAAAUUCAAGUGAAGAACGAGUUUGAAAUGCAAGAAAAAGAGAUUUUUGAAAUGAAGAGGCAUCAAACGAUUUUACAGAAAGAGCUGCUUGAGAAUGAUAAAAUCGAGAAGGAAUUAACUGCCGAGAUUGAGAUUGCAAAAGAAAAUAUUGCCGAUAGGAAAAGAAAGGAGAAGGAAUUAUCCAAAAACUCUCAGGAAAUCAAAGAUCACUACAAGAACAGUUGUAAGGAAUUAGCAAUAGCCCAACAGGAGUACGAAGAUGUGCUCUCAAAAAAGAAGGAUGCCCUCACCAACAUUGAUAUGCUUAAGACUGAAAUAGAUAGCCUCAAACAAAGGAAAGAGAAGGCGCUUGAAAUACAAAGAGAAAAGAAGAAGGAGUUCAAUCACAAAUCCAAGCAAUUGAUAACUACAGAGAAGGAAUAUCUAGAGAAAGAAGCAAUCUUAAAGAAGGAAAUUGAAAAAUGGGAGGCCGAUCUCGGAAUAUUCAGAGAACAGUUUAGAAAGGAAGAAGAAGCACUAGAAAAACAAAUUAAGAACACCGAGAGUAAAGCAGUGGAGGCAAGAGAGCAUUAUCUCAAAGCCAAAAAUGAAUUUGAUGAAAUAAGAAAGGCCCGAGACAUAGAAAUUGGUGGACCAGCUCUCAAUGACGACAAAUACAAGGAGCAUGAUCAUCUGAUCGAAGAAAUUUACCGGUUAGAGGGUCUGUUGGAAAUGCAAAGAUUGGCAGAAGAGUUCUUCAUUAAACAAUCGGAAGAGUUACUGAAAGCUCAUGAGACUAGAUUGGUAAAAGAGCACGAAAUCGAUCUGCAAGAGGUGUCUGAGAAAAGAAAUACAUCAGAGGAAGAAAAGAAAAAGCUGCUACAAAGAAAGAAGACUAGUAGAUACGGAACAGCGGAACACUUCAUGUUACGAAAGAUUAAGGCAGAAAUUGAUUUGAUGAAUCAAUGGAUUGAAUUGUCUAAAAAUGCUGUUCCAACGUUCUCUGUUCCAACCGAAAUUGUUAGAAGAGAUUGUAUCAACGCAAAGGUAAUGGAGAUUGUUGAGGGAGAGCAACAUAAGCUAAAACAAGAUGAGCAAUUAUAUGACUAUGUGGAGAUGAUGAGACUUUUGAAAGUGAAUAAGAGAAAAGAAGAAGUGUUAAAGAAGGCAAUUGACAAAGUCUCGGCCAUGAUUGGUGAAAAUGUUUCAGAUAUUGUCCAAAUGAUUGAUGAAAAUCCGUUCGAUGAUUAUCCUCUCGAACUGAAAGAGGAAUCUACAUCAAAUGGAUCCAGACCAUUUAAUGACGAUUUAUUAUCAAAGUCUAGAUUGGAGAAUGUCCUUCCAAACGAUAAGCCAGCAUCAGAACUUUCAAGGAUUGUUGACAUUGAUAAACUUCUCAAUUUUGGAACCUUGAUCAAAGAAAAAGAUAUUGAGAUAAAGUGGCUAGAAACUAAGAGGAAAUUAUUGGAUGCGUAUACCAAAAACGUGAUUCCCAACCUAAGAAAGUUCGAAGAAGUACAAUCAAAUCCAGAGAGUCUAACUAUUGGGUAUCAGACAGUUUAUUCUUCACCAUUCCAUUAUAUAAUUCAAAAGAAAGACAGCGAAAGAGCUCAGUACUUAGACAAGCUUGAUGAACCUCAACCAUUUUAUAUGAUUGAAGAACCUCAACAAUCAGGGUUACCUCUAUCAAGAACAGAAGUCAGUAUCAAGAGUGAUAGAAAUAUUCUUUUCAUUGAUCACCCAAGAAGAGGAAUCGAAAUCAACGUAAGAGAAAUAAUUGAUAUUUUACCUGGUUUCCAAACUAGGAUGAUGAUUGAAAAAGGAGAUGUAAAGAAAGAAAUGCUCACAUUCUCGAUCCUAACUGAAACCGACUGUAUUAACAUUGAGAUUAAGGAAACCCAACCUUCUACACGAGACUUUUGGUUGAAAGUAUUUUUAUCCUUAAUGUUCGAAGCUAGAAAUAAAUGA